UAAUAUGAGGUUUCAGUUUCUAUUCAGAUCCUUGAAGAAUUUUAGAGGAAGACGUUUUUGUCGGUGCGUGAUUAAGACCACUGUUAACACUCCACUAUGCAAAACAAUAACGAAGAAACAAUUCUCUGUAGUAGCUGCAAAAAGAAUAUAUCGUCAUCCAACUUCGCACUUCACGAGCCUCACUGUAGACGGUUCUUGUGUCUCUGCCCCGACUGCGAUGAGCCGGUUCCGCGAGAACAGCUGAACGAACACCGCAAAGAACAACACAGCCAGGUGAAUUGCCCCAAGUGCAGCGUUAAGGUGGAGCGCUGCCACCUAAUAGAUCAUGAGUCGGAUGAGUGCAAGGACAGGUUGGUCAGUUGUGAGUUUUGCCAGCUGGAUCUCCCCCUGUCCGUCAUGGCUGAGCACACUGUGGCCUGUGGUAGCCGGACAGAGCGCUGCUUAGACUGUGGCCGCUACGUCACCCUGAAGGACCAGCUCCAUCACGCUCAGACCUGUUCUUCUUCAGCAGCGGGAGACACUGCAAGUCAUGUGCAGGAGGCCUCAGCUCACAACACAAAGAAACCAACUCUAGCUCUUUGCUGGGAAUGCAAAGGGUAUUUUCCAUCAGAAGACCUGGGGGAGCAUCUUCUUGAGUGCGCCUCCUCCACACCAGCCGAGGCCCAGGAGGAGGUGGAAGAGGAACAGGACUCGGCCUCGGACUCGGAAUCUGGGCUCAAGCUGUCUGACGUGUUGGCAGGAAGGAGAAGGGGGGAGCUGGACCAGAUCAGCACCUGCUCCAUCUGCCACCUGGCCUUACCAAUGGACACUCUCCGCUGGCAUGAGAAAAAGUGCAGAAUUUUUGAAAAUCUGAAGUGUGUCAAAUAAGACAGGCUCCACAACAGGAAGUCAAGUUCAUGAGGACACAUGACUGGUGACUACAAUCACUGAAAGACCACAUAAUGUGCCUUCCAUCUGUACAUUUGAGUUUUUUACUCAGUUAAACCAUAGGCAUAGCAUAGUAUGUACUGUAUAUCAUUCUAACUCAUUCUAAUAUUUAUACACAUGCACACACGCAAACACACUCACUCAAUCAGAUAUAGAAAAUGACACUAUUAUUGUGGGUCCCAAUCUCCUAAAGUGUGUGAACAUUUAACUUGAUAAUACAUUAGAAAUUAGAAAUAUCAGCUGGCUGUAGUAAUAUAUCAGUCAAAUUGAGAACCAUAUUUACAAUAUGUGAAUAAGCCUAACAGAGACUUUCAAAUAAUUACAUCUCAAUGUUUACAUCUCUGUGAAAUCAAUAAAGUUAAUGUAAAGCC